ACAGCUGAGUGCAGCGCCCGCCUCUGUCACCGGGAGACAGUCCACUUAAAUGCAGCUCCAGGGUUGCGAGGCACCCACCAGCAUCUUUCCCCGUGUGAGGUGGCAAAUGCAACAUGCUCUCCAGCUUGGGGUGUCUACUUGUCUGUGGAAGUAUUGCACUAGCCCUGGGAAAUGCACAGAAAUUGCCAAAAGAUAAAAGACCAAGCCUGAAGGUCCAUGUCAAUACCACAAGCGACUCUAUACUCUUGAAGUUCUUGCGUCCAAAUCCAAACGUAAGGCUUGAAGGUUUUCUCCUGGGAUAUGGCAGCAACACGUCUCCAAACCAGUACUUCCCUCUUCCUGCAGAAGGGAAAUUCACGGAGGCUGUAGUCGACGCAGAGCCGAAAUAUCUGAUAGUUGUGCGACCUGCUCCCCCUCCAAGUCAAAAGAAGUCAUGCUCAGGUAAAACCCGUUCUCGCAAACCUCUCCAGCUGGUGGUUGGCACCCUGUCACCAAGCUCGGUCUUCCUGUCCUGGGGUUUCCUCAUCAACCCUCACCAUGACUGGACUUUGCCAAGUCACUGUCCCAAUGACAGAUUUUACACAAUUCGCUAUAGAGAGAAGGAUAAGGAAAAGAAGUGGAUUUUUCAACUUUGUCCAGCCACAGAAACAAUCGUGGAAAAUCUAAAACCCAACACAGUUUAUGAAUUUGGAGUGAAAGACAAUGUGGAAGGUGGAAUUUGGAGUAAAAUUUUCAAUCACAAGACUGUUGUUGGAAGUAAAAAAGUAAAUGGGAAAAUCCAAAGUACCUAUGACCAAGUCCACCCAGUGCCGGCAUAUGUCCCAAAGAAGCUUAUUCCAAUAACAAUCAUCAAGCAAGUGAUUCAGAAUGUUACUCACAAGGCUUCAACUAAAUCCCCAGAGAAGACCCCCUUUGGAGGAGCAAUACUAGUUCACCUUAUUAUCCCAGGUCUUAAUGAAACCAGUGUAAAACUUCCAACAUCCAUAAUGCUUGAGAUUUCGGAUGCACUCAAGGCACAAUUAGCUAAGAAUGAAACCUUGGCAUUACCUGCUGAAUCUAAAACACCAGAGGUUGAAAAAAUCACAGCACAGCCCAUGACAGUGACUCCUGAAGUAGUUCCAAGAACCACUAAACCUACUGUGUCUAGUGCAUUAGAUGUUUCAGAAACAACCCUGGUUCUCAGCGGAAGGACCCCAGAAACAUCCCAAACUGUUCUAAUACCUCAGUUUGAAUUGCCACUGAGCACUCUAGCUCCAAAAAGGCUUCCAAAAUUUCCUGAAGCAAAAACGCCCUUCCCUUUUGAGAAAACUGAGGGCCUCUUGGCUUCAAGUGAAAAGCCAUGGAUUGUUCCCACAGCUAAAACAUCUGAAGAUUCUAGGGUUCUAAAGCCUCAAACUGCAGCUUAUGAUGUUUUUUCAAGCCCUGCAGUGACAGAUGUCCCUGAAAUACCAGCGUCCCACACAGCAACAAGUGAUGCUAUUCUGGACUCUGUCCCACCUAAAACAUCUAGAACUCUUGAUCAGCCAAGGGCAACACUGGCUCCCAGUGAGGUAACGCCAUUUGUUCCUCCAAAACUGGAAAUCUUUCCCAGCUCUGAGAUGCAGCCUACGCCGCCUGCUCCCCUACAAACUACAUCUGUCCCAUCUACAGCCAAACGACGUCACAGGCCCAAAUUGCCAAGAACCAAACCUGAAAGAACCACAAGUGCUGGAACAAUUCCAUCUAAAAUUUCUAAAAGCCCUGAACCCACAUGGACAACACUGGCUCCCAGUAAAACACAAUUUAGUUCUUUGAAACCUAAAAUCCCUCCCAGCCCAGAAGUGACAUACACCAGACCUGCUCCACCAAAGACCAAACGACCAGGUCGUCGCCCCCGCCCUAAAACCACACGUAGUCCAGAAGUGCCCAAGUUCAAACCUGCUCUGGAACCUGCCACGGUACCACCGGAGCCCUUGGUGCCCACGAUUGCAUCAAAACCAUCCAAGAGACCUAAAACCACACCCAGACCAGACGCACCUCAAAUCCAGCCUGAUUCAAAACCGCCAAAGCAAUUGCUUCCUAAGCCCCAAACCACAGAAAAACCAGACAUGCCACCAGCUAAAUCUGUCUUUGACCCUGUUCCAUUUGAAACUGAAGCUCCCUCAGUGACCGUAGUUCCUGCCACAGACAUUGAACCUGUAACUCUGAGAACUGAGGCUCCAGCGACAACACUAGCUCCAAAAACAUCACAACGAACAAGAACACGCCGUCCCCGUCCCAAACAUGAAACCACACCACGCCCAGAGACACCUCAGACCAAACUAGACUUUGGACCUAUUACUCCUGGAACUACUUUAGCUCCAGCAACAACAAAAAGAACCCGUCGUCCACGUCCCAAACCUAAAACCACACCACCUCCAGAAGUACCUCUCACCAAAUUGGUUCCUGACACAAUCCUUGAACCAGUUCUUAGAACUGAGGCCCCAGGAAGGACUCUAGCUCCCACAGUGCCUCAACAAACUCGUCCUGUACAUCCCAAACCUAAAACCUCACCAAGUCCUGAAGCACCUCAGACUGAACUGGUUCCUGUGACAAUCUUUGAAGCAGUUUCUCCCAUAAAAGAGGCUCCAGACACAACAUUUGUUCCUGUUACAGACUUUGAACCAGUUACUCUUCACACCGAGACCCCUGGGACAACCUUAGCUACAAAAGCAUCUCAAAGAACCCGUCGUCCUCGUCCCAGACCUAAAACCACAUCAAGCCCUCAGGCACCUCAAACAAAACCGGUUCCUGCUACAGUCCUAGAACCUGUAACUCCUAAGCCUGAUGCCCUAGGAACAACAUUAGUUUCCAAAACAUCACAACGGACACGUCGUCCACGUCCCAGACAAAAAACCACCCUGAGUCCUGGACCAACUGAGUCCGACAAACCAGUUCCUACCAGAGAGUUUGUACCUGCUACCCUCAGAACUGAGACACGGGUGACAACACAAGCUCCUAAAACUUCAAAACGAACCCAACGUCCACGUCCCAAACCUAAAACCACACCAAGUCCAGAGGCUCCUCAAACCAGACCGGUUCCUGCUACAGAUCUUGAACCUGGUCCUCUUAGAACUGAAGCUCCAGAAACCAUGGUUCUUGCUACAGUCCGUGAACGCAUCGCUUUUAGAACCGAGGCUCCAGAAACAACAUUAGCUCCUAAAAAACAACGAACACAUCAUCCACGUCCCAGACCUAAAACCACAUCAAGUCCUGAAGUAUCUCAAACCAAAUCGGUUCCUGUUCCAGGCUUUGAACCUGUUAUUCACAGUACUGAGGCUCCAAGAUUGAUAUUAGCUUCUGAUGUUCUGGAAUCUGUUACAUAUAACCCUGAGACAUCAAAGGAAACCAUAGCACCUGCCGAAACAGAUUAUGUAUAUCCGACUGUCAAAGCACCGCUCAGGCCAGAGGAGCCAAAGACUGAAGAUGUUACCAUAGAAGCAUCACUUCUGCCUUCUCAACCUAUAAUCCUACCCAGCCCAGAUGAGCCUCAGACUGAACCUGCUCCCAAGCAGACCCCACGUGCUCUUCCUAAGCCAAAAACAUCAGCACGUCCAAGAACCCCACAGACACAACCAGUUCCUAAGAAGCCCCCGCAUGUCCCUUCAAAACCAAAAAUGUCACCGAGUCCAGAAGUGUUGUACAGCUCACCUGCUCCAAAAGAUGUGCUCCUGCCCCAUAAACCAGACCCUGAGGUCUCUCAGCGUGAACCUGUUCUGCAACCUGUUACCUUUAGAAUUGAGCCACCAAAGACAACAAUAGCUCCUUUGGAGACACGAGACAUCCCUUUUAUACCUAUGAUUUCCCCAAGUCCUAGUGAAGAGGAACUACAAACCACUCUGGAAGAAGCAAACCUAUCCACCCAAGAACUCUUCACAACUCGGAUUCCAUACAUAACUGAAUUGGCAAAGACGACUCAGGCACCACACAGAUUGUACACUACUCCUGUGAGGCCCAGAACACCAGAAAGACCACACAUCAGACCUGUUCUGAACAGGACAAUGACAAGACCCAGUCGACCCAAACCCAGUGGAAUGCCCAGUGGGAAUGGAGUGAGAAUAGGGAUCAAACAAGCACCUCAGCCAACAGGUCCUGAUAGAGAUAUGUCAGUGGACUCUAGCCACACCACAAGAAGACCAGGCACACGCCGCCCACCCUUGCCACCCAGACCUACACCCCCACGAAGAAAACCUUUACCACCGAAUAACGUUACUGGGAAGCCAGGAAGGGCAGGAAUCAUAUCAUCAGGUCCAAUCACUUCCCCACCCCUGAGGGCAACACUCAGACCUACUGGAGCCCCCUUGGACAAAAUAGAGCCCGAGAUAAAGCAACCAACAGCCCCUGCCUCCGGAGAAGAACUGGGUAAUACAACUGACUUUAGCUCAAGUCCAACAAGAGAAACUGAUCCUCUUGGGAAGCCCAGAUUCAAAGGUCCUCACGUGCGAUACAUCCCAAAGCCUGAUCACAGUCCCUGCUCCAUUACUGACUCCGUCAAGCGGUUCCCUAAAGAGGAGGCUGCAGAUGGAAAUGCCACCAGCCCUCCCCAGAACCCACCCACCAACCUAACUGUGGUCACUGUGGAAGGGUGUCCUUCAUUUGUCAUCUUGGAUUGGGAAAAGCCAGUAAACGACACUGUCACUGAAUAUGAAGUUAUAUCCAAAGAAAAUGGGUCAUUCAGUGGAAAGAACAAGUCCAUUCAACUUACAAAUCAGACCUUCUCCACGGUAGAAAAUCUGAAACCGGACACAAGCUAUGAAUUCCAGGUGAAACCCAAAAACCCACUUGGUGAAGGUCCGGUCAGCAACACUGUGGCAUUUAGCACUGAAUCAGCGGACCCCAGAGUGAGUGAGCCGAUUUCUGCAGGAAGAGAUGCCAUCUGGACUGAAAGACCCUUUAAUUCAGACUCUUACUCAGAAUGUAAAGGCAAACAAUAUGUCAAGAGGACAUGGUAUAAAAAAUUUGUAGGAGUGCAGCUGUGCAACUCUCUCAGAUACAAGAUUUAUUUGAGUGACUCUCUCACAGGAAAAUUUUAUAACAUAGGUGAUCAGAGGGGCCAUGGAGAAGAUCAUUGCCAGUUUGUGGAUUCAUUUUUAGAUGGACGCACAGGACAGCAACUCAGUUCUGACCAGUUACCCACCAAAGAAGGCUAUUUCAGAGCCGUUCGCCAGGAACCUGUCCAAUUUGGAGAAAUAGGUGGUCAUACCCAAAUCAAUUAUGUUCAGUGGUAUGAAUGUGGGACGACAAUUCCUGGAAAAUGGUAGAUGCUACACCCAUACUCAGAAGUACCUUCUGUUUCAACAUGGCAAAAAGAUCAUUGGAAACACCAUGGUAUUUGUCACAUUCAUUUAAAUCUAUUUUGUUUACUAUGUAUAAAAGUCUACAAACUAAUUAAUAGCAAUAUUAGAUGUUUAUUAUUAGAAUAAAUUACUGAGAGUAUUUAUCAGGUUUUACAAAAUCAUUUUAAGAAAGCAAGAGAUUGACAUUAACAGAAUAACAUUUUUGGGGAAGCUGGCUCCCUAACUCAUGGUAUUUUAAGAGAUCAUUUGUAUAUUAUUUAUCACAUUGUUGUAAUGAUGUGUUGAGAUACUUUUAUAACAAAAUUAACAUCAAAAACUUAUAAUAUACUUUUUAAAAAAUAUUUACUUUUAUUGAUGUGUAUUCUUCCUAUGGGUGAGUUAAUUCCAUAAGUCUCAACUUACUUUAACUUAUUGGAUCAAAUUAUCUUCAGCAUAGAAAAGGUCCUAAUAUUCACGUUAAUUUAAACUUCAAUUUUUUAGCAACAGCUGAAUAGAUUUUCUGAGGAGUUUAAAUAGUUAUACCUUCACGCUAAUAUUCAUUUCCUUGAAAUAUCUGUAAAUUAUUACAAAAUUUUGUUUGAAUCAGAAAAUUACACUUCAGAAAAAAAAAGAGUUGAGAAUUUGCUGUAUUCAGUUUCAGAAGAUAUACUGUUAUUUCUCAGUUAUCUGCAAUUACAUUACAAUGUCUUGAAUAAUCUUUAUCAAACCAUCCCUUUAAGCAAUUAUCUUCAUAUUGUUUUUGUGAUUCUGAUUAAGCUGUAGGUAGAGACUGAAUGUGAAGUCUGAGCACAAAAAGAUAAUGCAUGAUGAGAUCCUUACCAUUUUAUAAGAUAUUUACUAUAUAUAUUUAUACAUAAGACCUCUAUGAAUGAAUGUAUCAGAGGAUGUUCUUGUAACUCUGUUUAAAUCAAUGUGUAAUGAAAACCCGACUUAUCUUCAUUUACAAAGGUAGUUUUCCUUCACUGGUGGAGGGAGAUAGGAAUGCUUGCUGCCCUCUUUCUGAAAGGACCUUUUCCUGUGCUUACCUUUCAAGUGCUUUGAUUUUAUCAAUGCAACAUUUUGUAUUUUUCAAAUAAGUACAAAUUCUGCAAUAAAGAGAUGUAGUAUUUUUUAAGACUGAGUAUUUCCUUUCUUUCUUUCUUUUUUUUUUUUUUUUUGUUUGUAGAGACAGAGUUUCACUUUAUUGCCCUCGGUAGAGUGCCAUGGCAUCACACAGCUCACAGCAAACUCCAACUCCUGGGCUUAGGCGAGUCUCCUGGCUCAGCCUCCCGAGCAGCUGGGACUACAGGCACCCACCACAACGCCCGGCUAUUUUUUGGUUGCAGUUUGGCCGGGGCUGGGUUUGAAUCCGCCACCCUCGGCAUAUGGGGCCGGUACCCUGCUCACUGAGCCACAGGCGCCGCCCCUGAGUAUUUUAUUUCUGAACAGCUCAUCAGUAUAUAACCUUUUUCUCUAAGAAGGAAAAGUGCAAAGUGAUUCAGGAUCUACAAACUCCUUUUCUAUCUUUUCACAGUUUAUCUAUUAUGUUUCUAUCAUAAGUUAACCUUUCUUCCUGUGAAGUCCAAAGUUUGUUUUAGACCAAUUGUUAAAUGCAUUUCUUUCAAAAUCAGGAAGGAUAAAAA